CGGUUCCGCCAGGGCCCAGAGGCGGUGAUGAGGCUAAUGGCGGUGCCCUCGGAACUGGAUGGAGGGAGUCUUAAGGAGACCGCAGCGGAAGAGGAACCGCGAGUUCUGGAACCCGGCGCCGCCCCGUUCGGAAAUUUUCCUCAUUAUUCUCGCUUCCACCCUCCGGAGCAACGGCUCCGCCUCCUGCCCCCGGAGCUGCUUCGACAGCUCUUUCCUCAGAGUCCCGAGAACGGGCCGAUUCUGGGGCUCGACGUGGGGUGUAACUCCGGGGAUCUGAGUGUGGCUCUGUACAAACACUUCCUCUCCCUACCUGACGGGGAGACCUGCUCAGAUGCCUCAAGAGAACUCCGGCUCCUCUGCUGUGACAUAGAUCCAGUCCUGGUGAAGCGAGCCGAAAAAGAAUGUCCUUUUCCUGAUGCCUUGACUUUUAUUACCCUGGACUUCAUGAAUCAAAGGAAACGGAAGGUUCUCUUGAGCUCUUUCUUAAGCCAAUUUGGACGUUCAGUUUUUGACAUUGGCUUCUGUAUGUCAAUAACCAUGUGGAUUCAUCUGAACCACGGAGACCAUGGCCUGUGGGAGUUCCUGGCCCAUCUUUCCUCCCUCUGCCACUACCUCCUUGUGGAGCCCCAACCCUGGAAGUGUUACCGGGCAGCUGCAAGGCGUCUCCGAAAGCUGGGACUCCAUGAUUUUGACCACUUCCACUCCCUUGCCAUCCGAGGUGAUAUGACCAAUCAGAUUGUGCAGAUCUUGACCCAGGAUCAUGGCAUGGAAUUAAUAUGUUGCUUUGGCAACACCAGUUGGGACAGAAGCCUUCUGUUCUUCAGGGCAAAACAAACCAUAGAGACUCAUCCAAUCCCUGAAUCACUGAUAGAAAGAGGGAAAGAAAAGAACAGAUUAUGAUUCCAGAAGCAGUGAGAUGGGAGGGCAAGAAGACUAAGAAAGAGAUACUGAAAGAGUUUUAUAUUGAGAAUUAUGUUCAUUCUCCUUAACUCCUUAACAAUCAGGCAGCCUCAAAACCUGGCAGGAGCUUUUGGUAAAAUGUCCAAGGCAUAUAAUUCAAAGAAUCGGUAUCUGUUCCCCAUUGUUUGGAACAAAUCUUGUGGAGAAUGAAUCUGUGGAGUGGUGAGCUAGGGUAUCUGGAUUGGAAUGGCCUAGGAAAAGUGGUCCUGGUUAUGGAGGGGGCUGCUUUGGGGGAUUAUUUAUAAAGAUAAAACUAGGCUAGUCUUAAAAUAUAUCAGUUCCUGGGCUCUCUGAAUCUUACCUGGUUUCUUCAGGCUUCCGGACUUGCUAGGCCUGACUUUGGGCAAAACCUUAGUAAUUCAGGUUUGGAAUGUGGCUUAGGAAUCUAUUUUCUGUUUUUUGUUUGUGCAUUCUUCUAUUAUAGUAAUAUAUACAUAAAAUUUACCAUUUUAACCGUUUUUAAGUAUAGUUUUUCAGAACAUGUGGAAAUCCCAUCAAAAACUGGAUUAAAAAUUAAAAGAUAAA